AUGUCUUCCAAGCGAGACUACGACGAUGUGGACGACACGGAGCCAUCAGAGCCAGAGAACAAACGCUCCCGCAAAUCACGGCAAAGGCAGAGCUCGUCGAUAGAUCCAAGCUCGGGCCAGAAAUAUGUUUUUGCUAGCCAUUAUAAUGCGUCAACAAUUCCUGUUGGGGAAGAGUCAGAUUUCGAGGAUGACACGGACGCAAUGGCGUAUCUCAUGUCUGUGAGAACACAAGCAUCCGGAAUACCGCACGUUCUUGCGGCGCCGAAAGUACAGAUCGGUCCACAGCUUCCGAGCGACUUUGUCAAGAUCAAGCUUAAGAGAUCUGAUGAUGGGGAAGUCGAGGAGGACGACGAUCAGGUUGACAGAAGCAUAUACGAUACUGGUAUUAGCGACAGCAGAGGCUUCUACGACGAUGGUGCAUACAUCGGCCGAGACGACGAUUGGGGGGGCGAAGGCAGCGAUGACUGGGACGAGGAUGAGGACGAGAACGCCGAGGUUUCAGAAUCAGCCGUUCUAGAGUCAUACUUUGCCGCCAUCAUGCAGCAAUACUACCACCUACGUGCUAUUGUGAACAAAACUCCUCCGGCGGAUGCAGCCAAGCGCAUUCACUCUUCUCAAGCGACCUAUGCAUCUUCAUUUGGCCCAGGGUCGACAGCCAUAAAGGUCUGGCCUCCACUCCUUCGCAACACAGAUCCGACUCCUCUUCAAGUAUCCCUCAUGUCAAAAGACACCGUCAUCAGGGUCCUGCGCAUCAUGCUUGGAGGCAAAUUUCUGCGCCGUGGCUAUCCACUGCCCGAGCGCACCAGUCGUUGGAUAUGGGCUCUGUUGGCAAGGCUACCAGAGCGGGGGGAGCUCAACUACUCGGAAAUCGGCUGGGUGCGGGAUCUUGGUCGAAGGGCCGUGUUGCUGGGCAGAAGUCUAUCCGAAAUGGCCGCACUGCGGGACGAGCUUGCAGAAGGUGGGUUGGGAGUGAAUGAUGCUGUGGACGCCAGCAGCAGUGACGACGAGGUUGUUGCGGAUGAGCCUGCUGCCCAGGACGACGUUGGCACGCCAGCUGCAGAGGAAUCUGAAACCGCAAAAGACCUGCCAGGAAAAGGAUUGGUAGAGGAAAGCGCCCACGCGGAGGAGGGGGAAGAAGAGGACGUGGCAAUGGACAUUGGAUCUGACUCUGACGAAGGAGAGAUUCGUGAGGACGACAAGGACAAACCCGCCGAGAAAGACAACAUCUCAUUGGAAGCAGCCAAGUUUGCUUUUCUUGCUCGGCUGGAAGCAAAAGCUUCCGAUGAUGAGCAAGAUGAUGAACAAGACAAACUUGACGCCGCCCGGGAGCGAUCUCGGAUUAACAUGCGGGCGACGCUCAACAUGAUUCUCACCGUUGCGGGCGAGUUUUAUGGGCAGAGAGAUCUACUCGAGUUUCGGGAGCCGUUUGUCGGCAUGUAG